AUGUCGCUCCUGGACCUCUCGACCGAUGACGCUGACGAUGGCUUCGGUCUCGACGUCGACGAACUCGAGAUGGACAUUGGCGCCGACAUCUUUCGCCCGUCCGCGACCCUUGCCGACGACAGCUUCCUCAAGGACGAGUUCAGUCUCGACGCCAUGAGCCUCGAGCCGCUCUCGUUCUGUGAGUUUGGCCCGUUCUCGCCGCCAUCGUCGCCGCGUCUGCGCAAGAAGGACGCGAGUUUCACGCACCAGGAGAUUGGCGGCGUCAAGCCCGAGCCUGCGACGUCGCUGCCACCCAAGUACUUCAAGACCGUGCGAAGCUCGCCACAGAAACGACGCAUGAUCUCGCGCACGCUAGGCCAGAUCAAGUCGUUCUCGUUCUCGACACCGCCGCCUGGGCCCAUCGCGCUGCCGCCCGUCGCCGCGACGCCAUUGACCGUGGUGACGAGAUCGCCAUCUCCCAAGACGAUUCGCCCCAAGAAGGUCGACGAAGACGUCGUCAUCAAGGAAGAGCCCAUCGAGGCGGAGCCGGAACCCGUUGUGACGCCCAAGCGACAGGCGGCACGCAUGCUACUGGCACCUACGCCAACCGCGUCGCCAGUGUCCUCGCCUCUCCCGUCGUCGCCAUCACCCGGAGCGUCGGCAUCCUCGAGCAUGGCCUCGCCUCUGCGCGCCGCGCCAUCGUCGCCGUCUACGACAACCCCUAUCUACAUCAAGAAGGAAGUGCUUGAGGAUGACGCGUUCUCGCCCAUGGUCAAGAUGACGAACAAGAACGUUGCAGCCACGUGGACGACCCUGCAAGACAUGCCGACGCUGCCGCCGCGUUACUACCGCGGCCCCGACUCGUCGCCCGAGAAGAAGCGCGCGCACUCGACGACGUUCGGACGCAUGUCGACCUUCUCGUUCAAGAUGCCCAAGCUCGACGCUGACGCCGACGACAGCGUCAACUUCAUGAAGCGUGGCGCGACCAUGGCGCCACAGCCGUAG